AUGACUCCCGCUCAGGAUAUUCAGGCCAACCUCUCAGCCUCAUUCCAGAGGUCCGUCUCCAACAGCUGGGGCCAGAACCUCUCUGGCUCGCCCACUGCCACCUUCAACUCCCCUCCCAGCAGCUGGGGCGGCCCCAUCCCCCGUCGCAGCGCCCCCAAGUCUCUCAAGCCCUUCAACACCCAGGACAUUAAGAUCCUGCUUCUGGAGAAUGUCAACGUCGGCGGCCAAGAGAUCCUGAGGAGCCAGGGCUACCAAGUUGAGGCUCUUAAGACCUCUCUCCCCGAGGACCAGCUGAUUGAGAAGAUCCGCGAUAUCCACGUCAUCGGCAUCCGCUCCAAGACUAAGCUGACCGAGAGUGUUCUCCGUGAGGCCAAGAACCUCCUUGUCGUUGGUUGCUUCUGCAUUGGUACCAACCAGGUCGACCUCGACUUUGCUGCCCGUCAUGGUAUCUCCGUCUUCAACUCCCCUUUCGCCAACUCCCGCAGUGUGGCCGAACUCGUCAUUGCCGAGAUCAUCACCCUCGCCCGUCAGCUCGGCGACCGAUCCAACGAGAUGCACCGUGGCACCUGGAACAAGGUUAGCUCCAAGUGCUGGGAAAUUCGUGGCAAGACUUUGGGAAUUGUCGGAUAUGGCCACAUCGGCUCGCAGCUUUCUGUCCUCGCCGAGGCCAUGGGAAUGAACGUCAUUUACUACGAUGUUGUCACCCUCAUGGCCCUGGGAACCGCCCGUCAAGUGCCUACCCUCGAGAAACUCCUCGAGGAGAGUGACUUUGUCACCCUCCACGUGCCCGACUUGCCCGAAACCCGCAAUUUGAUCUCGACUACCCAGUUCGAGCACAUGAAGAACGGCUCUUACCUCAUCAACGCUAGCCGUGGCAGCGUUGUUGACAUCCCGGCCCUAAUCAAGGCCUCCCGCUCGGGCAAGAUUGCUGGAGCUGCCCUGGAUGUGUUUCCCCAGGAGCCUGCCGCUAACGGCGACUACUUCAACAGCAACCUCAACACCUGGGGCGAGGACUUGAGGAGCUUGAACAACAUCAUCCUCACCCCUCACAUCGGCGGAAGCACCGAGGAAGCUCAGCGUGCCAUUGGUAUCGAGGUUGCCGACGCCUUGGUGCGAUACAUCAACCAGGGCAUUACCCUUGGCAGUGUCAACCUGCCCGAGGUGCAACUGCGAUCAUUGACUCUGGAUGAGCCCGACCACGCUCGUGUCAUCUACAUCCACCGCAACGUCCCUGGUGUGCUCCGAAAAGUCAACGAGAUUCUCGGCGACCACAACGUCGACAAGCAGAUCAGCGACAGCAGAGGCGAUGUGGCCUACCUGAUGGCUGAUAUUAGCAACGUCCGAUACGAGCAGAUCAAAGACAUCCAAGAAAGCCUGGAGGCGCUCAGCUCACGAAUCUUGACCCGAGUCCUCUACUAA